AUGGCGGAACCUUCCUCGUCCGCGACGCCGACGGAUCCUGCUACGGAGCGAUAUCGGCGUCAGGUCCUGCCUUACGCCUUGGCUGGUGUCGCUCCAGGACUGUCCGCGUAUUUUGCCAUGAAAUAUAGCUACGACUCGAACCCUGAUACUGCGUCCGAUGCGCAGUCGCGCUGCAGAAAAUGUGGUUUUUAUCUAUGGGACGGAUCGGCCACGGUCAGAUCGGUCAGGUCCAGGAGCAAGAGCAAGAGCAAGGACGCCACUGGGACAGUCCAACGGUCAAUCCUUAUGCAUUGCGAUAGCUGCGACUUCGAGCAGAGAUAUGCAUGCAAACCCUGCGCACCGAGUUAUCCACGGGUCAAGAAAGCGCGGCAUGCACCUGCGUCACUCCACGCUACGGAUGACACGGUGCUCCCUGCCCAAAAGCGAAACAAAAACAAUGCUGGUCAUGACGCACUUACCGUGCCGGAGUCGAAGCAGGGCGCGGUACGCCCAUCCUCGGCGUCGCCGGCUUCCUCCAUCAAGGACAAAGCCGCGCAGAAGACGACCCAACCCCCUGCACCGGUGCCUUCCAUCUCACUCGCGACAAAAUCCUCCACGCCUCAACGGCCACCCACGAAACUGCCGCGCAUGCCUGCUUCCAACUCAAAGCGGCCCGGGCCUACAGCAACCUCGAGCAAUCCUGCAUCUUCGCAGGCAAGAUCUAAGAAGAAAGCUGGGCUGCAGGAAAUGUUGGCGCGAAACAGGGAACGACAGGAGAAGGAUCGGAAAGACAAGGGACAGCAGGGCGCCGGUGGCGGAGGAUUGGCAGCUUUCCUCGGUGAAUUAUGA